AUGGGAGUCAACCUCAGCAAGCUAGAAUUAGAAGAUUAUAAGGUCCAGGAGUUCUGCAUCUCUAUGUCUGUUAGGGAUAGAAUCUCUAAUUUUAGAUGGUUAAUUGUUAUGGUUUAUGGACCAUCUCAGCAUGACAAAUCUAGGGAUGUUUUAUAUGAAUUAAGUCAGAUCUAUGAAAAAGCUACCUUGCCCAUUAUCCUAGGGGGAGAUUUUAAUCUGAUCAGGGAGAUCUCUGACAAGAAUUCAGAUAAUCAUAAUCAGACAUUGAUGGACAAGUUCAAUGACUUCAUAGGUGACUAUCAACUUAGGGAACUAAAAAGGUCAGGACAGAAGUACACUUGGACAAAUAAGCAAGAGAACCUAGUGCUGGUUAAUCUGGAUAGGGUUUUUUCUCCAUGGGGUGGGAGGAAAAAUUCCCUCUAUCUAUCUCUUGGUGUCUUACUAUAG